AUGCCAGGCAAUCGAUCGGCAGUGCCCGCGGUCCCGCUCAAGGGGGCCGAACUCAUCCAGACAAUGAACGACGAUUUUAAAGUGCUGGAGGACGAGGCGGGCAAAAUCAAAACCGCCGCCGAUGCUCUCGUCUCGAAACUGAAGAGUACCCGUGGCAUCCUAGGCCGCGAAAGACUGCUCGAUAAAUGCAAAAUCUUGUCCGUCAUGUCCAUGCGUUUCCAGGACGAACUCAAGGAUAUCCGGGAGGAUUGCAAGCAGAACCCCGAGAGAGCCGAAUACUACAAGGAGUAG